AUGGACAACUACAUCACUCCAGAAUCUUGGCAAAGCCCAACUACGUUCGACUCGAGCUUCCAAUGGGAAUAUGGCAGCGGGUCGGCGUCGCCGAGUAUGAUGGUUGGCCAGUACAACGAUCUUCUCAAUAGGGCAGCAAGCUUCUAUGCUACAUUGGAUGGCGGCAGCGACAGCAUGUCGAUGAUCUCACCAACAUCAUCGCGAUCGUCACCAGAGAGGCGGAUGUCCUCGAACUACAACAUUGUCGCCCAAGUUCAGAAGUCAAUCCCAGAUAAGAUUGAGCGGCGGCGCGAGCAGAAUCGCUCAUCACAAAGAGCCUACCGAGAACGCAAGGACAAGCACCAGAAGGAACUCGAACAGCAAAUUUCUGACUGGAGAGACAAGCACCAGAAGCUGGCACAGAACUACGACCAACAGACUCAGGAAGUCCAAAGGCUUCAGCAACAGAUUGAGCAACUCAGUGCAGAAAUUGGAUCAUUACAGAACGGCCUGCCAACGCUCAGCGGAAUAAUGGAACAGUCGCCAACGGAAUUCGACUUGGUUCCUUGGUUCGACCACGGUUCUGCCGCUCCAUCACCACGUUCAUCGUCAAGGUGA